AUGUCUCCGGGCAGGCAUUUGAGGAGCCCAGUGAAGAACAUCGGGUCGGAGGCGUGCAGCGAGCGCGCGCCCAACUGCGGUGUUUCCAACCGUAUCCAGCAAACCGAAACCAACCCGGGUCCAACAGCUGCACCAUCUGCUGCCCCAUCGGAUCGCACCAACGACCCUGCUGUGUCCGGCGGCUCCUGGAUUCCGGCUGUUCGUCCCGGCUGCACUUUCUCCGGCCGGAGGAGGCGAGGACCCGACGCUAAACUGGGGAACAGCUGGGUUAGUCCCAACGUGGGACACCUCAUCCUGAAGUAUCUGUGUCCAGCACUGCGUGACAUCCUGCAGGAUGGUCUGAAGGCCUAUGUGCUGGAUCUGAUCAUCGGACAGCGCCGCUGUCGGCCCUGGAGCAUUGUGGAGGCGUCAACACAGCUGGGCCCGUCCACUCGUGUCCUCCACUGCUUGCUGUCAAAGGUGAGCCAGUUCUCGGAGCUCACAAACCACAGCAUGAGGCUGAACGCUUUCAUCUUCGGCCUUCUCAAUUUGAAGUCUCUGGAGUUCUGGUUUAACCACGUCUACACUCAUGAAGACAUCGUAGCUGCACACUACAACCCGUGGGGUUUCCUCCCCAUCUCACAGGCAGUGUGUAAGCCCCUCUUGGAGGAGCUGCUCCUCCUGCUUCAGCCCCUGUCUCUCCUGCCCUUUGACCUUGACCUACUGUUUGAGCCUCACCUCCUCCAGAAGGGUGAGGAGCAGCUGCGUUGCAAGGAGCAGCUGUGCUCUGUAGGACAGAGCACCAACCGGUCGAGCCGCUCCACCUUCCAGCUCAUGAGAGGAUGGAGAGCCAUCGUCAGCGACCGGGUCAGUGACUCGGAGGUGAAUAUGGAGAGGGCGGGGCUGAGGCAGGAGAGGGCGUGGCCGAGAGCAGAGAUUGGAGGAGGAGGGAUGACUCACCUGUGGAAGGAGAGAGCAAUGGAGGGGCUGAGGAUGAAAGGUAUCGGGCAGGAGAGUCAGAAGCAAGGAGCAGAGCUCAAGGUGCGUCAGAGGGAGGACCGACAGGCUGGCUGGUGGUACCAGCUCAGGCAGUCCUCCCAGGUCUACAUUGGCCAGUCCACUGAGGGGUCAAAGUUCAUUAAGACCGAGAAAAGGAAGAAGUCCUCAGAGAGACAACAGAACCUCCCACCGCCCACCAGAGAAGGAGUGGUGGAAGGAGCCGAGUCCAAUCAUAGAGGGGACGGUGGAACAAGCAGCUCUGGAUCCAGAGGAAGGCCUUCAUGGAUGGGAAGCCCCCCAGAGUUGGUCCUGAACCAGGAGAAAUGCUCAACACCCCUACUCCAGGUUCUGGGGACUGGAGUCCAGUCAGCAGCCCAGGAGGAGCACCCCCCACAUGGACAGAGUUUACGCUGGAGCCGGCUCUUUGGGUCGACUGUUGGGUCUCCUCUGAGAGUGGACACGACAGAACCCAGAGCAAGAACCCAGAAGACCAGGGCUCCGUCUGGUUGGUUGGCUUUGGACAGGUCUGUUAUGGACCUGGUAGCUCUGGCCAUCGGAGCGGGCAGCAGGAAGAAGGCGGAACAUCCAGCUUCACCAACCACAGCGCCACCAGACCGCCCAACUGAAAUCAAACAACUGUCUCAACGAAAUGUGCGAGCGUUGUGCCACCACAUCGCCACCGAGCCAGGCCAGCUGAGCUUCAACAAGGGCGACGACCUGCAGGUUCUGAGAAAGGCCAGCGCUGACUGGCUGCUCUGCUCUUUGGGCUCCACGCGGGGUUUGGUUCCCAUCAUCUACGUCACCCUCAGCAGCACGGAGGUCAGCCAUGACGCCGGUAGACUCAAACGGCUCUGAGUCCGUUCUGCUUCACAGCAGGAAUCCAGCUGGAUCAGCGGGUUGAUGGGUUUCUGCCACAGUUCUACAGGUUCCAGCUCCUCGUUGGGAGACUCCGUAAAAACACAAAACAUGAAGAUAAUGCAGGAAGUUGUGCAACAGAAGCAUGUAGGUUCAAGCACUACAUCACAUUCAGAUGCAUGCGUAUGUCUAACAACCAGGAGAACAGACGAGAAACAAACCCAAAGACAAACACUGUCCUACAAGCUCAAGUCCAACUACUUGAGAUGGACUCGGAUCUUCAUCUCGCAUCCAUCUGUUCUCUUGAUUCCACUUCACGAGUCCUGCUUCGUUACCUCGCAGUGCCACUCAUCAGAAUCAACAAGAAUCAUGAAUUUUAGGAACAUACAAGUCAAAGCUACUUCCUGGUACUGUUUACGGUCUAAAAACAGGAGUUACCUUUCUGAACCAUGUCCUCCUCUUAGAACAAAGGGACUCCGGUUAAUAUUAACAGCAGAAAAGAAACUCGACUGUUUUUUUUACAGUCAAAGCAAAAAGGGAAAGAAGUUUACUUUUUUCUGUU